CUGUGAGGCACGAGAGAAGGAGGCACGAAAAGAAGAGAGAGAGACGGAGCCCUCGGGAACUAUUCAAUCAGAAAUAAACAAAAACACACUUCUCUUCUCAUGGACUGUAAAAUUAAAAGAUUACUUAUAAUUUGCUUGGAUUGGAAGAAUCAACACAUGCGAUUCUGACGGACGAUCUGAAUAACGGAAUUCACUUUUUUGGGGGGGAUUUUGGUAGGCACUCCGAAAUAAUAUAUUUUUGAGGUUCAAGCAACAUUUUCGAAAUAUCGCUGAGAAGGAACAACUACCCCCUAGCCAGCCUUCAAGAUGGAGGAGGAACAGUGCUUCUACAAUGAGUCCAUUGCCUUCUUCUACAACCGCAGUGGAAAGUACCUGGCUACAGAGUGGAAUACCGUCAGUAAGCUGGUGAUGGGGCUGGGUAUCACAGUAUGUAUCUUCAUCAUGCUGGCUAACUUGCUGGUCAUGGUGGCUAUAUACGUCAACCGCCGCUUCCACUUCCCUAUUUACUACCUGAUGGCCAACCUGGCCGCCGCGGACUUCUUUGCCGGCCUGGCGUACUUCUACCUGAUGUUCAACACGGGCCCGAACACGCGGCGCCUCACGGUGUCCACGUGGUUGCUCCGACAGGGUCUCAUCGACACGUCCCUCACGGCGUCCGUGUGUAACCUCCUCGCCAUCGCCAUCGAGCGCCACAUCACCGUUUUCCGCAUGCAGCUGCACACGCGCAUGUCCAACCGGCGUGUGGUGGUGGUGAUUGUAGUCAUCUGGACCUUGUCUAUCGUCAUGGGAGCCAUCCCGUCGGUGGGGUGGAACUGUAUCUGUGACAUCAGCACGUGUUCUAGCAUGGCGCCGUUGUACUGUAACUCCUACCUGGUGUUCUGGGCCGUAUUCAACCUGGUCACCUUCCUGGUCAUGGUGGUGCUGUACGCUCACAUCUUUAUGUACGUGAGACAGAGGACCAUGAGGAUGAGCAGACACAGCUCUGGACCACGCAGGAACAGAGACACCAUGAUGAGCCUGCUGAAGACUGUCGUCAUCGUAUUGGGUAAGAACCUCGACUACCUUCACAACAGACACUAUAUGUUAGAUUCUGGUACUGGGUAG